GUAAUAUACAGAGUAUAGAAAAUUAGGAAGGAGAAAAGGAGAAGAUGGAGAUUCGAGUGAAGUGUGGGUGUGGAGAAGAGGAGUGUAGGGAGUGGACGAUCUUAGAACUCCAAGGCGUCGUGGAAACUCAGUCUUCGUUUCAAGGUUCUGUUCAGAAUCUAGACAUCGGUCGUCUCUGUCACUCCGAUUCCUCCUCCCAGGAUAACUACACGUUCACGGUGGGUUACCAUGAACUCACAGGCUCCAAGGCGACUCUGAAGAAGCCAUUGCUUGUUUUGAAGAAGCUUCAAAAGUGUACAGAUGGUGACCCUUCAGAGAAAGAAACGGAACUGGAAGUUGUCGGGAUUAUAAGGUCAAAGAUCUUGUUUAAGACCAGACCUAAGCCUCUCUUUUCAGGAACAACAAGUUAGGCUGCAAGUCCAAUGUGAUACCUCUGGAUUGCUUCUUACUCCUUAUUGUUUCCUGUCUUGUAAGCUACAGAAGAGAUAAACUCAUGUACUACUCUCUGUUCUUUCUUUUCAAGAAACUUGAUUACGUUA